GCUUAAAGUGAGACAUUUUUUUUCUCACUUUCACACACUGAAAUAUCACUCUGAAAAUACACAUUCGAAAAUAUUUUAAAACAAAAUUCUUGUAAUGGCUCUUGAGCAAAUCUGUGGAGUGAAUCGAUUGCCGUUUAUGAAACGUUUCAAUGAACUUCAAUUAGAAUGGCAAAUGGAACAACUUGAACAGGCCACCAGUAAUUUUCGUAAUCCCUAUGCUCUGAGUGCUCCACCUUUUGAGCAGCCAGCUGAAAAUUUACCCAAACUCCUCGCGCAUUGUAAUAUUCAAAUGGAUUUUGCUCAUGGCACAACCACCUUGGGCUUUAUAUUUAGAAACGGUGUCAUUCUUUGUGCAGAUUCUAGAGCCACCUCUGGACAAUAUAUUGGUUCGCAGACCAUGAAGAAAAUUGUGGAACUAAAUGAUUACAUGCUGGGCACUUUGGCUGGCGGCGCAGCGGAUUGCGUCUAUUGGGACAGAGUGUUGGCCAGAGAGUGUCGGCUGCAUGAGUUGCGUUUCAAGCGGCGAAUGACAGUGGACACGGCGGCUCGUAGGAUGUGCAACAUCUCAGCGGAAUACAAGGGAAUGGGUCUAGUGAUGGGCAUGAUGUUGGCCGGAUACGAUAAUGAUGGGCCUAAGUUAAUCUAUGUUGAUUCCGAGGGCAUGCGUUCCCAUGCCAAUGUCUUUUCGGUGGGCAGUGGCUCACCCUAUGCCCUGGGCGUACUCGAUACUGGCUAUAAAUGGGACAUAACUGAUCAAGAGGCCUACGAUUUGGCCAGAAGGGCCAUUUAUCAUGCCACCAGCAAGGAUGCCUAUUCCGGUGGCAUUGUACGUCUGUACCACAUCACGGAGAAGGGUUGGAAAAAUGUAGGCAACACGGAUUGUUGGGAAUUGCAUGAGCAAUAUUCCAAAGAAGAGCAAAAGCGAGAGGGUGGCGAUCAUGAUCAGAAUCAACCGUGUACGAGUCAAACUCAACCAUGGAUCGAAAGAAAAUUGAUAGAGACGCAAAUGGAGGCUCAAAUGGUCGCUGCUACCACUGAGACACAAGAUGGGACGAAUAGGUAGAUGAAUUUUCCAAUCUCUUCAUACAUAUGUAUGUAUGUGUAUGUGUUGUAACCAUUUCCCAUUUUGAAAACAAACAGCUGAAUCUAAAACCAAAAUAUAUGAGCAACUUUCGCUCGCUAACGAA